GCGGUUCGCUUUCCCAGGCGGUGUCAGCUGGAGAAAACGGGAUAGAGGAGCAGUGAGAGGCCGACACAGGAGGGUUUCAUUCGCCCGGCUGAUUUUUCAGACUGCACCAGCGGACUCCAGGUGUCAGCAUGUCGACAAAGGUCAGCGCCGAAGAGAUGGUGGAGAUGAGGGAGGCUUUCCAGAAAGUGGAUUCGGAUGGCAAUGGGUACAUCGUCUCCUCUGAACUUGGCGAUCUCUUCCGCGAGGCGGGCUGUCCUUUGCCCGGAUACCAGAUCAGAGAACUGCUUCAGAAGCUGGACAGAGACAACGACAGCCGGAUUAGCUUUGAUGAGUUCACGACUAUUUUUCAUGAUCUGAAGGACGACCGCAUGGCCCAGGGUUUCAAGAAAGCUCUGAACAAGAAACAAGGCAUCGUGGCCAUUGGGGGCACCAGCGAGAUCUCUAGUGCAGGAACUCAGCAUUCCAUCUCUGAGCAGGAGCGCUUUGCCUUCGCCAACUACAUCAACUCUUCUUUGGAAAAGGAUCCAGACUGUAAACACCUGCUGCCCAUCAACCCCGAAACUGAAGCUCUGUUUAAAGCAGUGGCUGACGGCGUCAUCCUUUGUAAACUCAUCAACCUCUCUGUCGCUGACACCAUUGAUGAGAGAACCAUUAAUAAAAAGAAACUGACAGCUUUCACCACACAGGAGAAUCUGAACCUGGCUCUGAAUUCCGCCUCAGCCAUCGGCUGCCAAGUUGUCAACAUCGGAGCUCAAGAUCUGAAGGAGGGAAAACCUCACUUGGUGCUUGGACUCCUCUGGCAGAUUAUCAAGAUAGGACUGUUCGCUGCUAUAGAGCUGAGCCGCAAUGAAGCUAUAGCAGCGCUGCUGGAGGAGGGGGAGAGUCUGGAAGAACUGAUGAAACUCAGCCCUGAGGAGCUGCUGCUGCGCUGGGCCAAUUUCCAUUUAAAGAAAGCCGGCAUGUCCAUAUCAAACUUCUCUGGAGAUAUUAAGGACUCCAAGGCGUACUUCCACCUGCUAGAGCAGAUUGCUCCAGAUGGCAGCAAAGAGGACGUUCCCCGGAUUGAGAUUGACAUGACUGGUCUUUAUGAGAAGGAUCUCACGAAGAGAGCAGAGUGCAUGCUGAAACAGGCCGAGCGCCUCGGCUGCAGACAGUUUGUAACUGCCACCGACGUCGUGUUUGGAAACUCCAAGCUCAACAUGGCCUUCGUAGCCAAGCUCUUCAACAAACACCCGGCUCUCACCAAACCAGACAACCAAGACUGGAAUAAUGUGGAGAGCGAGACCAGAGAGGAGAGAACUUUCAGGAACUGGAUGAACUCUCUCGGAGUCAGUCCACAUGUGCACCAUAUCUACGGUGAUCUGCAGGAUGCCAUGGUGAUUCUCCAGCUCUAUAAAACAAUUAAGGUGCCAGUGGACUGGGACAAAGUCAACCAACCUCCAUUCAAGGGAAAAGGAGCAGGGCAUUUAAAAAAGAUGGAAAACUGCACCUAUGCUGUGGAGCUGGGUAAGAAGAAAGCUGGUUUCUCCCUGGUGGGAAUUGGCGGACAGGACCUCUAUGAUGGAAAUCCAACUCUAACUCUGGCGCUGGUGUGGCAGUUGAUGAGGAGGUACACGUUAAAUGUUCUUGAAGACCUCGGGCACGGAGCAGUUGCAGGAGAUGAUUUGAUAGUUUCAUGGGUCAACAAGACUUUGGCUGAAGCUGGCAAGAGUUCCACUAUCAAAAGCUUUAAGGACAAAGCGAUCAGUACCAGUAUCCCGGUCCUGGACCUGAUUGAUGCCAUUCAGCCACAAAGUGUGAACUUUGAGCUGGUUCACAAAGGAAGUCUGUCAGACGAAGACAAACUAAACAAUGCCAAGUAUGCCAUUUCCAUGGCGAGGAAGAUCGGGGCGAAGGUCUACGCUCUGCCUGAGGACCUGGUAGAGGUUAACCCGAAAAUGGUGAUGACCAUCUUCGCCUGCCUGAUGGGGAGAGGCAUGAAGAGGGCUUAAAGGAGACACACACACACACACACACACACACACACAAUGACUGUGUUUACUGUGUUGUGAUUUUGAGACAUAAAGAGAGUUAACAGAGCUGUAUUCUCUUGUUUUUUUAAGCAGUUUUUCUGAAUUUGGCCAAAAUACAAGUACAAUAGUGGUCACCUGAGGGCUCAGACCAUAAAGGCUAUGGAUAAAUAUUUGGGGUUUGGGUGUUUUUUUUUCUGAAUCUCAGUGUUGCUUCUGGACACUUCGGUAGUUGGGUGAUAGCAGGGUCACAUUAAGAAAACACUCAUCUUCCCAUACUGCUCAUUAAUAUACAUAUAUCAGCAGGAAUGUGUUUGUCUAGACUGGCGACGUGUAUACAGGGUCUGCCCAGUACACGAGGGGUAAGCCUGUGAGAAUGAAUGAGGACAAAUGAAUGAAUGUCUUUUGUUUAUUUAAAUGGAAAGGCUGUGUCCAUGGAAAUGUGGGAACAAUGAGCAAUUAACAUCUAUCAGCCCUGCUGAAAGCAAUCUAUUAAGAUAGGUGAUAGUUUUGUCCUCUUAUGCACUGUACGUGCCUCUUCUUGCUUCCCCAGAUGCAUUGCCUACAGGUUUCCCAUGUCUCACUGCCUCAUGAUAUACCAAGAUGUUCUGUAUCAUUCAAUAUUCCUGCCAAUUCACAGUCUAAGCGCUGAUUAAUGAUAAGCCAUAAUACUAUAUUCUUUACUGAAUCCUUUUUUUGCCUUAUUUGUAUAAAUGACCAAAGCUGUGCAGAAUUAAAUGCAGUUCAUGUUGUU